CUCGCCUCCUAAGUGCUCCCUGCGGCAGCCCCGUUCGCGGCCCUCCAUGGCGGGGCGGGCGGCCGGGCGGCCGCGGCGGGGCCGGGGUGCGGGUUGGGGUUCACUGCUGGUGCUGCUGCCGGCGCUGCUGGUGAGCUGGGCGGCCUGCCAGGCACCGCCGGUGCCCUCCGCUGCCCAAGCCCCCGGGGACGGCUCCGAACUCCGCAUCGAGCGUCGCUUCGUGCCCGAGAGCUGCCCGCGGGCCGUGCAGCCCGGAGACUUCGUGCGCUACCACUACCUCGGCGCCUUCCCCGACGGCACCCGCUUCGACUCCAGCUAUGACAGGGGAUCCACUUUCAACGUGUUUGUGGGAAAAGGUCAGCUCAUUGCAGGGAUGGACAAAGCUCUAGUCGGCAUGUGUGUGAAUGAGCGGCGGUUCGUGAAGAUUCCCCCCAAGCUCGCCUAUGGAAGCGAAGGAGUCUCUGGUGUCAUACCUCCCAAUGCUGUGCUCCAUUUCGACGUGCUGCUGAUUGAUCUCUGGAACUCAGAGGACGAUGUGCAGGUUCAGACUUACUUCAAACCUGAGAAGUGCCUUCGGACAGUCCAGGUGUCUGACUUUGUUCGAUACCAUUACAAUGGAACGUUCUUAGAUGGGACCCUCUUUGAUUCAAGCCAUAACCGGAUGAGAACUUAUGAUACCUAUGUGGGAAUUGGUUGGCUGAUUCCUGGCAUGGACCAGGGUCUCUUGGGAAUGUGCGUCGGAGAGAAGCGCAUUAUAACAAUACCACCUUUCCUGGCAUAUGGAGAAGAAGGAGAUGGUAAGGAGAUCCCUGGCCAAGCUUCCCUCGUCUUUGAUGUGGUUUUGCUCGAUCUCCAUAACCCCAAGGAUAGUGUUACUAUUGAGAACCAGCAGGUGCCUGAGUCUUGUGAGAGGAGGAGCCAGGCAGGAGACUUUGUCAGAUACCAUUACAAUGGCACACUUCUGGAUGGCACACUGUUUGAUUCCAGCUAUUCACGAAAUCGUACAUAUGACACCUAUGUUGGGAAAGGUUAUGUGAUUGCUGGAAUGGAUGAAGGUUUGCUAGGUGUAUGCACUGGUGAAAAAAGAAGAAUAAUAAUCCCUCCUCAUCUUGGAUAUGGAGAAGAAGGAAGAGGAAAGAUUCCAGGAUCUGCCGUGCUGGUCUUUGACAUCCACGUGGUUGACUUCCACAACCCCUCAGAUUCAGUCAGCAUUACUGUUAACUACAAACCUUCCAAUUGCACUGUACUGAGUAAGAAGGGAGAUUACGUGAAGUAUCACUACAACGCAUCUCUCCUGGAUGGUACUUUGCUAGACUCAACACACAGCCUUGGCAAGACCUACAACAUAGUUCUGGGGUCUGGGCAGGUGGUGAUAGGGAUGGACAUGGGCCUUCAAGACAUGUGUGUUGGGGAACGCCGAACAGUUGUUAUUCCACCUCAUCUUGGCUACGGAGAAGAGGGAGUUGAAGGAGAGGUGCCUGGUAGCGCUGUAUUGGUUUUCGACAUUGAACUCCUGGAACUGGUGUCUGGCUUGCCUGAAGGAUACAUGUUUGUGUGGAAUGGGGAAGUCUCUCCCAAUCUUUUUGAAGAAAUAGACCAGAAUAGUGAUGGAGAGGUUCUUUUGGAAGAGUUUUCAGAGUACAUUCAAGCUCAAGUUGAUUCUGGCAAAGGAAAACUGGCUCCUGGUUUUGAUUUUGAAAAGAUUGUUAAAAACAUGUUCACCAAUCAAGACCGGGAUGGAAAUGGUAAAGUUACAGCUGAAGAAUUCAAGUUGAAAGACCAGGAAGCCAAAGAGGAACAUGAUGAACUGUAAAGCUAAGGAAAAAACAGGAGUCCUGAGCUGACCUACUGUUCGAACGCGUGUACUGGAAGAGGUUUCAGCAAGCAUGUUUCUGGAAGAUCAGCACUCAGCUAGACAACCUGUGUCUGCCUGUGCCUCUGUGCUGUCAAAAUAGGAAAUGAUUUUCAGCUGGAAUUGUUAGGUAUAUAUUUUAAAAAGUGCCUCAAGAUAGAAUGUAUAAAUGGCUAAAGAGUUCACUGCCAUUUGUGGUGUUGUGAACCACACGAUCUGUCUAUGCUUAAAAUUAAAUGUUCUCGUUGAGCAAUGCAGUCAUUUGAAUGGAUGGAUGGUAGGGGUAGAACUUACUGAGUGCUUUUAAAAGAGCUUUAAAUAAAGUUCUGUAUCCAGACUACUUCUGCAGGAUAACCUAGCAGAAACUAUUUCCCAUGAAAAUAACCUGUAAAAACUGUCAGACAUGAGACUGGUUCCUUUCAGAAGGCACGAGUGCUCUUUUCAAGUAAAUGAACAAACUCGUGGAUGUUUGCCUGCAGGAGCUCUGAUUGGCAAAUUCAGAAUGUGCAAAGGACAGCUAUGCCAUUGCAAAAUUUCUGUAAGCUGUGAAUUAAAUUAUACAGGCCUUGAAUUGUAACUGAUCAUGAGGUAAAAACCCAACACAUAAGUUCACCAUAUGUAUUAUAUUUAAUAAAUAACCUUGACUCUUCUUGCUGGCCUGUUGAAACAGUGUUCUGACCAGUGAUUCCCAAACCUUUUUAGUCACAAUCUUAUUUAUAGUUUUUCUAGACUUUAAAUAUUAGAAUCGUGAGGUCCAAAUACUGUCAUAAAUACCAGAUAUAAUUGAUUUUGUGUUGGGCUUCUGCCUCCUAUUUUGGGAAUUGUUAGACUAAAGUGUAAGUACUUAGAGCUUAUGCAGCAGAGCAGUCUGGCAUGGUGAACAAACAAAAAGACAGUGAUAGAAUCAAGAAAUAGACCUGUCUGUUUAUGCUUGCAAAUGUUCUGGCCUAUCCUUCCAACACAAAAUCAGCCCUGGGAGAGCUGUUUAUAUUAUAUGAACUCUUGAGACAAUCACCCAUUAGAUGUAGAAAUGUAGCACGCUGUUCAACAGAAAAUCCACUAAAGAGACAGCUUUUUCUGGAAGGCCAUGAGAUCCCCUCUCAGUACACUGCAUGUAAAGAGCACAAAUACAUAACUGCACAACACGGUCAAAACCAAGGGAAUUGUGCUUCCAUUUAUAUGCUUUGUGCCUGGUUUCUUGCUUUUCUUGAUCUGUACAUGUGGGUUGUAAAGCCCCUGAGAUGCUCUUCUUCAAAACUGGCAUUGCAAUUGGAGGAAAACUUUUUGUAUUGGUUUUUAAUACAGUUGUUACAGAAAGUGCAGUGACUUUUUUUUCAGUUUGAUACCAUUGAAUGUUGGAUAACUGAUCUUUUUGUUAAAUAAAAUGUUGAUCAACUA